UUUGUGUCACUAUUAAGACCUGAAAUCUAUAUGUUUUUCAUGAUUGUCAGCUCAAACAUUAGAUCCACACCAUUGGAUCUGUUAAUUCAAGACAAGUUAUGUGUCAUACGGUAUGGUAUGUCCCGUGAGUUUUGCCUUAAUUUGGCAAAAAUUAACGAAACAGACGUAAACUACACAUACAAAGUACAGGCAUUGGCCGACGCCGUACAGUAUAACUCUUAUCAGAGUAUUAUACAGAAUAUUCCGGGCAUUGUUUGGGCCCUGUUUUUGGGCGCUUGGAUUGAUAGAUACAGUGGCGGCAGGAAAGUCAUAUUUUUAGUAGGAUCGGCCACACAAUGURUCGAGGCUCUUAUGAAUCUGUUAAAUGCUUACUAUUUUUAUUCAGAUGUCCGAUGGGUAUUGUUAUCAUUUGUACCGUACAUACUGUCUGGUGCUAUGACCUGGUGUACGGCAUACUCAUACGUGGCGGCCACUACUCCAUCACACUUACGGGCAUUUCGUAUGGCUAUAUUAGAGACAAUCGUAGCCUUGGGACAUUUAGUGGCAAAUUUAUUAUACGGACAUCUCAUCAAUCGAGACCCAGUAUGGAGUGACCAACAGAUCCACAAUCAGACCAUCAUAUUCUUCAUUAGUGCCUUAAGCGCUUUCAUUGCAUUCAUUUGGUCUGUUUGGGCCAUUGAUCAACAACAAGACAAACAUAGACUUUACGASACAUUCACUGAGUCMAGUGUUGAUGACGAGGCAAUUGACGAAAAGGACAGUUAUGUGAGAGUCCGCAGUGCAAGACAUGCAAUCAAACUGUUGUUUGAUUGGCGUAACAUCAAAGACAUUGUGAUGACUGCCCUGAAGGGACGUCAACAGAAAGCACGGGCACAGAUAUGGCUGAUAAUUGGUGGCAUAUUUUGYUAUCUCUAUGUUUUGGUGUCUGUGCCGUCAUUUGAGUUUCAGUUUUAUGAACAUAUCUAUAAAUGGGAUGCAAAAGACUUUAGCGAUUACGAGUCCAUAGGACUGGUGGCUAACUGUCUAUUUGUGUUGACAUUCACACCGUUUGUUAUAAAAGUAUUCAAUAUACAGGAUCUUUACUUAACAGUAAUUGGUUUUUCUGGACUCAUGUGUCGUAUGAUUGUAUUGGGAACAGUAUUAGAGCCAACCGGUUAUUAUAUCUCAUUGGCAUUUAGCUGUACCACAUGGUUGGCCGAUGUCGGUCUGCGGUCACAUCUGUCCAAAAUAGUGGCCGCCAACGAAUUGGGCAAAAUAUUUACUUUGCUAACAGUAGUCGAUGCCAUUGUGCCGCCAAUCGGAUCAUCAGUAAUGGCCGCUUUGUUUCGGUCAACUAUUUCGACCUAUGGGGGCAUAUGUUUCAUAUUUUUGACAUUUGUUUGCCUACUGGCUAUAAUACUGGCACUGGUAGCUAUGUAUUUGAAUAAACAACAAAAUACCARUAGUAUCGUUGACAUGUUGUAA